CACUAAGAUCCUCCUGGAGGCGAUGUCCAAAGAUAAAGUCCACCUGGCCAGGUUCGUUUUGGACGCUCUGGAUGGGGAAAUCGUAGACUCCAGAACAGAGGGCGCACCGACCCCCCUCAUCUCCUCUAUCCUGCUGCCUGAUAGUCAGAAUCGGUGUAAAUUUGUAGAGCUUCUGCUGCAGAGAGGCGCCAAUGUCAACCGUCAGGACGGCAACGGGCGCACCGCGCUCAGUUACGCCUGUGAGAAAGGCUUCCUGGAUGCUGUGAAGGUCCUAGUCCGAAACAAUGCAGACCCGGAGAUUGUGGACGUCUGGGGGAACACUGCGCUAAUGUACGCCACCGUGGCAGGUCACUCCUCUGUGGUAGAGUUGUUGGUGAGAUCUUUCAAGAGGCUGGGUCUUCAGAUAGACAGGCUGAAUAAAGUUGGUAAAUCUGCUGUUGACAUGGCAAAACUUCUCGGUCACACAGAGUGCAUCUUUGCGCUCACUAACAACUCCAAGAAGGGCCGGGAGGCUGAGGGAAGCGCUCACGGAAAUGGGCAGCCGCGACUUAGUUUGGGAUGUGGUGAUGUCAAUGAUACAUUUGGGAGGAGAGUUGAACCUUUAGUGAAUAAACGUGAGGACAUCCAAACGUGUAAUCAUGCAGAUUGUCUAUUGGUUAAUAAUUGCUCGUGGCCACCAAGGCCUCGGGGAAAGCAGAGUCGGUUGCCAUCGAUGGACUCUAUAGAGGAGUUUGAAAGAGAGAAUGACUGCUCCUCCUCGGCUUCACGGGAGCUGGUCUUCUCCGAACUCCUAACCCCUAAACCCCCUCUGCGACCUUCCGACCAUUAUCCCAACUCUAAACAUCCUAAACCCGGGGUUGACCACCUCCCCCGUCCUAAACAGGGCUGUGAGGCUCAACACAUGUAUUUCUUCUCACCCCGGCCGCGCAGAAGCAUCCACAAACCCAACGCGCCCUCUACCCUGGGCAUCCUACUGGCUCCCAUUUUUGAUAACAAAAGUGAGACUGAAUCAGGGACAGAAAAAUCUAAAACGUUAGAUUUCUGUGUGCGCAGAUUUCACGACAGCUACUAUCAGAAAAGAUGUAGUCUGCCAACGAGUAUCCUCAGCCCCACACCUCCGGACCGCACACUAGUGCCUGUGCGUAAAUCCAGAAACAUGAAGUGGCGCGAAGCAGAGCCUCCUCCGUUUACCGCACCAACUGCCACGACUUCAGCCACGACUUUCUCGGUGCUGAGCAACAAACUUCUACGCCGAUUUACCUCCCCGGAGUUAAAAAAAGAUGCACAAGAGUUGGAGGAGAAUCCGAUGUUAGCUUCGAGGCUGAUUCCGCGAUCUGAAACUUUUCCUCAGGUCAGAAAUCAUCCCCAGGUGGGCAGUAAACCCAGCAUCGACAGCAUCAGCUCCGUCAACUGCGAGUUUGGCAUUCUGAAAUGAAAAAGUGCGCCAUGCGUAAAAAUUGUUUGUCUGUAUUUAUCCGCUACCAAGAUUAUCACAUUACUUUUAGAUUGAAUUACACCAGAGAGAUUAUCUUCUACACUCAAUGGUGUUACUUCUCUAAAUUCACCUCCAGAAAUGUGUCUUGUGUUGUGAUCCUCGGUGACCUUCAGAACUCAAAUGCCUUGUCUGCAAGUGAUCAGAGCAUCCAACGUUAUGUCUAACGUUCUCCUUACUGUACAACAACAGAGUGGUGACUGUAUAGCCUAUCCACCCUGCAAAAGUUUCCACCAUUUUUAAUCCGGACGCUACCAACCUAAAGGUUUUUAACUACAACGAAAUAACUGAAAAAUCAACAGCAAUUCAAAGAACUUUGCAUAAACGGUGUGCGUAGAUGCCAGCACCUGCCAGUUGGAUACUGCAGCUUCAGUGAGUGAAACGCAAUGUGAAACUUCUAGUUUCAGUGUCUAUGGCUGUUCCUGCGUUCAGCUCCUUUUGGAGUGGGCGGGGUUUGCAUCGAAGGUGGAGGGGCGAUAAUAAAUGAUAAAUGAUUUAAUACAGCAUUUACUUGUGUUGUGCAACAAUCUUUCAUAUGUUUAUGUAUUUUCAACACAUCGUGUUGAAUUCUGUUGG